AAGAAGCAGAAGACAAAGGGACCAAGAUCUGACCCCAUCUCUCCUUUGCUUCGCCAAAAACUCUUUAAAACCCCUUUUCCUCUUUCAAAGGAUUUCCUUAUCCUCUCUAUUGAUCUCUCUAAAAGGCUUUUAAUUUUCUAGUGAUUAAUGGGUGUUGAAGUUGUGGGAUCUGAAAUGGCAAAAGUACCAUUCGACAAAGCAACUGAAGUUGACAAAUCACUUCUUCAUGAUAAGGAAAAUGGGAAACUGGACAAGGAUCCGGUUCAUACUGAGCCCAUUAAAGUUGGUUCCGAUGUUGAGGAACCAAAUAAGGGAGAAGAGAAAAAUGUAUCCGACUUUCCGAUUGAUGCUGUCACCGAGUGGCCUGCUCCUAAGCAGAUCCACUCCUUUUAUUUUAUCAGGUAUCGCCCUUUUGAUGAUCCAAAGAUAAAGGCCAAAAUCGAUCAGGUUGAUAAAGAAACGCAAAAGUUGAAUAAAGUCAGGUUUCAGCUUACUGAUGAAUUAAAAUCACUCAAGUCGGAUCGAGCAGAGUUGUUUUCUCAAGUGAAAGCCCUGAAUGCUGAUUUCGAGCAGUUUAAGACAAUGCUAGGUGAGAAAAAGAAGGAAAUGGAACCACUGCAGCAGGCUUUAGGCAAACUUCGCAAUAAUAACAAUGGUGGUGGUCGUGGCGGUUUAUGUUCGUCUGAGGAAGAGCUCAAUGAUAUUAUCUAUAGCUUGCAAUAUCGCAUCCAGCAUGAAAGCAUCCCAUUGUCCGAGGAGAAGCAACUCCUUAGAGAAAUCAAACAACUUGAGGGAACCCGGGACAAAGUUAUUGCUAAUGCUGCAGUGAGAUCAAAGAUUCAGGAAUCACUGGGUCAGAAAGAAGACAUUCAAGAUCAAGUUAAACUCAUGGGAAAUGAUUUGGAUGGUGUAAGGAAGGAACAAAAUGUUAUCUGGUCCAAGAAAAAGCAAAUUAAAGAAAAAGUGAGUGCAAUAGAGAGUAAAAUUGAUUCUUUACAGCAAGAGCUGAAUGCCGUGAUCCAGAAGAGGAACAAAGCUUAUGAAACCAUGCAACAACUGUGGAAACAACGUGAUGAGGCGAAUGCUCACUUUUACCAGAGCCGUUCACUUUUAAACAAAGCGAAAGAGCUAGCUGCAAAGAAAGAUACAAGGGGUCUUGAGGAGCUUUCAACUGUUGAGGUCGAGAAGUUUAUGGCUCUUUGGAGCAGCAAGAAAGCUGUCCGAGACGAUUACGAAAAAAGAAUUCUACCGUCCUUGGACCAGAGGCAAUUAAGUCAAGAUGGUCGGAUAAGGAAUCCUGAUGAGAAACCAGUGGUUGUACAAGAGGCACCGGUUGCAUCUCCACCAGAAACGAUUCCAAAACCUACUGUCCGACAACCAAAGGAAGAAGCCAAACCUUCUGAACCAGAUACUAAAUUACCAAAAAAAGGCAAGAAAGUUGCCGAGACCAAAGUAAUAGAGUCAAAAUCGUCUCCCGAGAAUGAUGAUGUAGAAGAGAAAGAGAGAUCUGGAUCCGGCAACUUGCAAAAGGAAGCCGAAAAGACAUCUGCUGACAAGGAAAUUGAUUCAGUAAAACUGAAAGAAAUGAAGAGAGUAGAGGAAAUAGCAAAAGCAAAGCAAGCCAUGGAAAGGAAGAAGAAGAAGGCUGAAGAAAAAGCAGCCAAAGCAGCUAUAAGAGCUCAAAAGGAAGCUGAAAAGAAGCUCAAGGAGCGAGAGAAGAAAGCAAAGAAGAAGGCAGCAGCAUCUUCAACCGUUGCAAAUCAUGAGGAACCGACUGAAGCUGUGGCCGAGGCCCCUGAACCUGAACAAGAAGAAAAUGCUGAUGCACCGGCUCCUGUUGCAGUGAAGGAUAAAGUUCAAAAGGAGAACACUGUAAGGCACAGGAAUCGAACUAAAGGUCGUGAUUCACUUCCGAGACCCAUCCUGAAACGUAAGAAGUCGACCAACUACUGGAUGUGGACUGUUCCAGCUGCGGUGGUGGUGUUGAUACUUAUAGCUCUGGGUUACUAUUAUCUUGCUUGAAGAAAGUUAAAAUCGAACCAGAACUGAGUUAUAUAGACAAACUUUAUCGGUUGAUAGUGGUUAAAGUUAGUUAAUUUCGUUUGUCGCAUCCCAUCAGGGAUGUGUACUAAAACCCAUAAUGUUGCUGAUAGUUCAGUCUUAAUGCUUUUCUUAGACCGAAACCAUGAACUUUUGAUUUUGUAGUAUUUCUAAAAUUGUCUUUCAUCCGUUUGACAAA